GUGAAGAAGUCCUGGACGGGAUUCCAGGGAUUUUGAAUUUCAGGACAAUGCCUCGGGCCAGAGAAGGCUCUAAAAAGAAGCAGAGGGUAGAAGUGAGUAAAAGAAAGCUUGACCAGCUCGAGGCCAGCCUCGUCCUUUCCCUCUCCACUUGCACAUUUCUUCUGCUGGGAAAUCCAAAGAUUUAACCAAGGGGACUGGAGUCCCGCCCACAAGUUGCAGCGUGCUCCAGGAAACUCGGUUGCCAUGGCGACAGAAGCGGUUGACCUGAGGAUUCAGAACAGGUUUGGCAGAGGGGAGACAAUUCCUUCAGGAACUGGGCGUGGCUGAGGUUACUAUGGCAGCGGGGACGCUUAGUCCAGGCCUGAGGACUGUUUAGAGGCCAAUGCUCCUCCCAUUCUCUGCAUGGCGCCCAAAAAAGAGAAAGGCGGGACAGCGACCAUAGGUUCUAAGAUAUGGGAACCCUCGCUCAUCGCGGAACCCUUCAACCAGAAUGACUGGAAGAGCUCCAUAGCUUUUGUCGUUGGAAACCGAGUUGAGGAUGAACUUCUCAUUCAAGCCCUCACCCUCGCUGUCCAAGUUCCUCAGCGCAGACUCUUCAGUAUGGUUUCCUGGCAGGACAUUCUCCAGCAGAUCCAUGGAACAAGUGUACUUUUUGGAAAUACAUCUAAAAAGGCAGAGAAACCUCUAGGCGGUAGUGCUCCCUUAUAUUAUGAGGUUUUAACGGCAGCAAAAGCAAUUAUGGACAGCGGAGAGAAAUUCACCUUACCACUGAUAGGGAAACUCUUGAAAUUUCAGCUUCUCCAGGUUAAAUUGAAGGACCAACAGCGACGGGAAAACGAGAAGAAGGUGAUAGAAGACAGAUUUAAGGUAGAAAAGGAUAAAGGGAAAGCAAAAUCUCCCAAGGAGAAAAAGUCCCCAAUUGCCAAGGUUGCCAAAGGAAAGGGAAAAGACCAGCCUGAGGCAAACACAUCAGUAAAAAAGACCACCCAGUUACUAAGAAGGGGAGAAGAGGAUGACACCAAACAUUACAUUGACGAUGAGCCAGAUGACGGUGCCCAGCAUUACAUUAUAGUUGUGGGCUUCAACAAUCCUCAGUUAUUAGCGAUCAUGACUGAGCUCGGCAUUCCCAUAAGCAGCGUGAUUAAAAUAUCAUCAGAGAAUUAUGAACCUCUGCAGACACACCUGGCAGCAGUUAGCCAGCAGCAGGAAAGUUUUCUUCAGCCAGAAGAUAUAGAAGCUGAAACAUUGAAGAAAGAGAAUGACAUAAAAGAACUUGAAAUCUUCUGGAAGUACUUGGAACCAAUCCUGAAUAAUGAGAAACCGGAAACAAAUCUCUUUGAUGUCGCUCGGCUUGAAUACAUGGUCAAGGCUGACAAGUUUCCUUGUGACUGGUCGGACAGUGAGAUGUUGCUGGAAUUGGGCACCAACAUUUUUGAAAAUAUUGCCUGUUUGAUGUACGACAGCCUGGACUGGAAAAGGCAGCACCAGCACUAUUUGGAAAACAUGCAGCUUAUUAACAUCCCACAGGUGGUUAGUGAGAAACCUAUCAUAGAAGCUACGUUGACUUCUGAGCCCCCACAAACUGUUGCUGUAAGCCCUGGAAAGAAGAGAGCACAACAAUAUGAAGAGCUGCAAGCUCCAGCUCCAGCUCCACCACCACCACCAGUGGCUUCCGUCAUCACAAAUGAAGUAGACAUGCGAUAUUACAAUGAUUUGCUGAAUCCAAUUCCAGAAGAAUUCAUUUCUGUGCCCUUGAUACUGCAUUGUAUGCUGGAACAGGUUGUGGCAAGUGAAGAAGACCUUGUCCCACCGAGUCUGGUGGAGCCGCCUCCCAGAGCAGAUGGGCUGGACCACAGAAUUGCAGCUCACAUCAUGUCCAUUCUGCCCUCUCUCUGUCUGACAGAGAGGGAGAAAAAGAAUCUCCAUGAAAUAUUCUUAUCUGAAGAGGAAAAUGAAAGCAAACCAGUGCCCAGAGGCCCUCUCCUACUGAACUAUCACGAUGCCCUAGCCCACAAGAAAUACGUGCUAAAGGACCUAAAGAAUUUUGACCUGGUUCAAAUUGAGCAGAAGAUGCAGUCUAAGUUGCCACUGUGGGAAUUCCUUGAAUUCCCUUUGCCCCCGCCAUGGAACAGCACGAAACGUCUAGCUGCAAUUCAUGAGCUCAUGCACUUUUGUACAAGUGAAGUCUUGAGCUGGAAUGAAGUAGAAAGAGCCUUCAAAGUAUUUACUUUUGAGAGCCUGAAACUCUCUGAGGUUGAUGAAGAAGGGAAACUGAAGCAUUCUAGAAUGAUGUAUGGGACAGAUUCUGAGAUGUUCAACAUACCGUGGGACAACCCUGCGAGAUUUGCUAAACAGAUAAGACAAAAAUACAUCAUGAAAAUGAAUACCCAAGAGACCAGACAGCAAACAGAUAGUGGAAUCAAAGACAGAAUUUUAUUUCUGGAUCAGAAUUGGUCAACAUCUAUGCAAGAUGAUGAGAUCAACAAAGAACCUUCCAAUCCUAGUCAGCCUGAUACUAACAAUAUGAAGUAUUCUGACCUGGAUAAUAGGAAAUCCUUAGACUCUGAUUACAGAGAACCAUCAGAGCAGGAGAACAGCUUGAAGUCGCAGCUCCAACCUGAGCCUUUGAAGCAGACCAUGAACAAUGAGAUCAAAGAUAAAGCGGUCACAAAUGCUGAUCCUCUUGAAAAGAAACCCAAGAAGAUGACUGUGAAAGCAGAGUUACAGGACAUAAAGAAAAUGCAGCAACGCAAUCUAAUGGACUGGAGUUUUACUGAACAUUUUAAGCCAGAAGUUCUGCUUCAGGUUCUUCAAGAAGCCAAUCAGCAAUACAGGUGUAUUGAUUCUUAUUACCACACCCAAGAUAACUCUUUACUGUUGGUCUUUCAUAAUCCAAUGAAUUUGCAACGUCUGCACUGUGAACAUUGGAACAUUGCUCUUCACUCUAAUGUUGGAUUCAGGAAUUAUUUGGAACUUGUUGCAAAAUCCAUUCAAGAUUGGAUCAUAAAAGAAGAAGCUGUAUAUCAGGAAGCUAAAAUGGCUGAGGAAAUCAGUAGGACCACGAAUGAGCUGGAAAUAAAAUCUUCUGCUGGUAACAAAGAAAUGAGCAAAACAGAGAUAUCAGAUCAAGAAAAAGAAAAAGAAAAGGAGAAGGAAAAGAUUCCUUUUAUUUUAGAAGGCUCUCUCAAGGCAUGGAAAGAACAACAUAGGUUAGCUGAAGAGGAACGCUUAACGGAAGAAAAAAAAGCAGACAAGAAGAGUAAGGAAUCUGGUAAAAAGAAAGGCAAGGAAAAACUAGAGAAAGAAGAUAGUAGGAAUUUCAAGAGCAAAAAUGUUUUAAAGGAGAAAUUGAAAGAAGAGCAAAUAAAGACCCCGGAAAUAACAGAGGAGCCCCUCCAGGAACCAGAACCUGAGAUCAUUUACUCGUUUCGUGGAUACAACAUGGGAGAAACACCAGUCCAAAUCUCAGGAACAAAUUAUUAUCUAUAUCCUUCCGAUGGAGGGCAGAUUGAAGUAGAAAAGACAACAUUUGAAAAAGGCCCAACUUUUAUCAAAGUGAACGUGAAAAAGGACAAGCACAAUUUUUUAAUUCAUUUAAGAGACCCUAAGAAAAUUGUGAAAAAGGAGAAAAAAGGGGAUUAUCCUUCAGAAGAUGAGAAAGAAGAAAGAGAAGGAGAGCAACAUUUUGAAAAGGAAGAAUCAAAUGCAGAGAAUAAAGCUGUCAGCAAGUUUGGAUCUUUUUCUGCCACCUUGGAAAAUGGAAUCUGCCUCUCAAUAAGUUACUAUGGAUCGAGUGGAAUGGCGCCAGAGGAUAAGGAUCCUAACUUGGAAGCAAUGUUGAAUAUCCCAUCAGCACAUACUCCAACAGUAAUUCCUGUUAUAGUGAGUAUUCCUCAAAGCAAAGGAAAAGAGAAAACAAAAAGCAAAGAAAAACCCAAAGAAUCUCUUAAAGAAGAGGAGCUCCCAAAGGAAGAAGAGAAAAAGGAAGAAGUGGAAACAGAACCUGUUUUACAAGAGACUCUUUAUGUUCCCACCUUCCAAAACCUGAACGUGUCUUGCCCCAAUGGGCUCCAAGUGACCUUCAUUGGGCAAGAGUCCCCAGAUCAAUAUUUUAUAGACGAGGAACCCACUUGGGACAUCAUGGUCCGACAGAGCUACCCCCAGAAGGUGAAGCACUAUGAAUUCUGUAAAACAGUGAUGCCACCUCUGGAGCAGGAGGCAUCAAGAGUUAUCACCAGUCAAGGCACUGUUGUCAAAUACCUGUUGGAUGGAUCCACACAGAUUCUCUUUGCAGAUGGUACUGUGAGCAGUAGUCCUGGUUCAGGGCCUGUUGGUCUUUCUGCUGACGUGCCAGCAAGCGCUCUCAGCGGGGACUUGAUGGACACGGUUUCUCAGCAAAAAUCAGAAACAGCACCAUCAGAGACUGUCAUCGCAAAGAAAGGAAAAAGUCAGAAAAAUCAGUCAUCAAUGGCACAUAAAAAUGAAAGCCAUGAACCUCUCCCAGAAACAAUUCGAACAGUAACUCCUGUGGAGGUUCACUUAGACACCUGGUUUACAACUACACCUCAAGGAAAUCGGAUUGGCACCAAAGGAUUAGAAAGAAUAGCAGACUUGGCCCCAUUUUUAUCCUUUAAAGCCACAGAUCCUGUCAAUGGAACGGUUAUGACAACUCGAGAAGAUAGAGUGAUCAUCAUUGAAAAGAAAGAUGGUACUCGGAUAGUGGAUCAUGCUGAUGGUACCAGAAUCACAACCUUUUAUCAAGUUUAUGAAGAUCAAAUUAUUUCUCUGGAUGAUCAAGAGACAAACGAAGGUCCUCAGAGGAUCACCAGGCAGGUGAAGUGCAUGCGGAUUGAAAGUUCACACUACGCCACUGUCAUCACCAACUGCGAGGACAGUAGCUGCUGCACCAUCUUUGGGGAUGGGACGUCUAUCAUCGCAAAGCCACAGGGAACGUACCAGGUGUUACCUCCAAACACAGGCUGUCUUCUUAUUGAUAGGGACUGUUCAGCUAUAUAUUGCCAUGAAUCAAGCAGUGAUAUAUACCAUCCUUUUCAAAAACGUGAACAGAUGAGAGCUAGCAGGUACAUCAUGAAGCACACAUCGGAGGUUAUCUGUGAGGUCAUGGAUCCCGAAGGAAACACCUUUCAGGUCAUGGCUGAUGGUAGCACAUCAACUAUCCUACCCGAAAACAAUUUGGAAGAUGAUUUAAAUGUAAAAGCUGAAGGCUAUGACAUGUUAUCAUCCACUCACCUUCAUAAGAAUCAUCUGCAAAUCUAUGGUGAACAUGUCCCCAGGUUUUUUGUUAUCUAUGCUGAUGGAUCAGGAGUGGAACUUCUUCGGGACAGUGACAUAGAAGAAUACCUCUCCUUGGCAUAUGGAGAAUCAACUACCGUAGUUCUUCAAGAGCCAGUACAGGAACAGCCAGGUGCCCAGAGCAUCACUGUCCUUCGCCCUUUCCAUGAAGCUUCACCAUGGCUAAUGAAGAAAGAAUUAGAUACAAUUGUUCCUCCUAAUCUCCAGUCAAGGACAUGGGAGACAUUUCCCUCGGCUGAGAAAAGAACUCCAGGACCUCCAUUUGGCACUCAGAUUUGGAAGGGCUUCAACAUUGGGUCCAAACAGUUAGUGAGCGCCCCAGCCCCUAUACGGAAGAGCCCCAGUGUGCUACAGAUACGCCAGUUCAUCCAGCACGAGGUCAUAAAGAAUGAGGUGAAAUUGAAACUGCAGAUUUCCCUGAAGGAUUAUAUAAACUAUAUUCUAAAGAAAGAAGAUGAGCUACAGGAAAUGAAAGUUAAAGAUUACAGAACUGAGGAGGAAAGAGCCAAUGCUGCAGAUCUCCUCAAGCUAGUUAUGUCUUUCCCUAAAAUGGAGAAAACUACAAAAAGUUGUGUUACUGAAGUUGCAGCCCACCUAACUGAUUUAUUCAAGCAGUCUUUGGCUAAUACUAAAGAAUGUCCACCAGAAACCUUUGAGACAGAUUUCUCUGAAAAGAAAUGGAGGCACACAGCAACAACAAAACACUGGAAAGAAAAGUUAGCUCAAAAGAGGAAGGAAAUUGAAAAAACACAAAACUAUCUAAAGGAAAUUAGGAAUAAAACAAUAUCGCCCUACUGCAAAUCUGAACUAAGCAAGUUAUAUCAGUCUCAGUUUAAUUAUCUGGACACCCUUUCCAAAAACUUGCCUUCUUUUACCAAGAAAGACAAGGAUACAAGCAAAACAGCUGUUCAAAAUACAUCCAAUCUUCCUCCAGAUUCCCAGAAAAAUAAAGUUUCAGAACAGGAAUCCUCAGAUAUGCUUAGUCUUCCAAAAUCGGAGAACUUUGUGAAUACCAAGGAGUCUGCUAGCAAGAAACAAACUGAAAAUUUAACAGUAUCUAUCAAAGAACCAGAACCGUGUGUGCCUCUGAAAAUUCCAACCCAGUCACUGAUACAGGAUGUGACAGGACAAGCAAGAAAAGAGAAAGUGAGGCUACCUCACUAUUUGCUGAGUACCAAGCCCAAGUCUCAACCUCUCAAAAAGGUGCAAGAUUCUGUUGGAGGAAGAGUGAAAACAUCCUCUGUUGCAUCUGCUGCCAUUAAUAAUGUAAAUUCAUCCCCCUUUGGAUUCCGUCUUCUCCCACCCUCAGUGAUGUUUGGAGUGCUUGAAGAAGGACACACCUAUGCAACCACUGUAAAGCUCAAGAAUAUUGGAGUGGACUUCUGCAGGUUUAGGGUGAAGCAGCCCGCACCCAGCACAGGACUGAAAGUGACUUACAAACCUGGGCCUGUGGCGGCUGGUUUGCAGGCAGAACUGAAAGUGGAGUUAUUUGCCAUGGCUGUUGGAGAGGAUGGUGCCAAGGGAUCAGCACACAUCUUUCACAAUAUAGAGAUUAUGACUGAGCAUGAUAUUCUGUUCUUACCUGUGGAAGCAACAGUUUUAACAAGCAGCAAUUAUGAUAAGAGACCAAAAGACUUUCCCCAGGGAAAAGAAAAUCCUAUGGUCCAGAAGAUUUCUACAGUUUCUUCCUCUGCACUUGGAGUCUUCAUGUCCCAUAAAGUUUCUCCACAUUAGGUGUCAGUUUCUUCUCGGUAUAGCUCAAUAGCCUCCAUGAUCCUCUCAGCCUACACAGAUGAUGGCAAAGGACAGAAGUCAUCACAAAAAUCUCACCAUCUCACAACACUGCAAAUGGAAGACCUGACGAAAAGUUACCAAAUGAAAUUGCUUGAAUCAGUUUAAUAAAGAUGUGCCAAUAGUGUGCCAAACAGCA